ACAUCACGACAGUGACGUUGAUGUAUGAAAGAAAAUUGUUUGUUGCGCAAUUAGAAAAAAGGUCAAUACAAACAUCACCUAUCACCAAUUAUCAAAAUCUAAACUUGUGUUAAAAUCCAAACCAAUAUUCUCGAGUGUUCUUCGCGAUGUCCAGUAAUGCGUUCAUGGAUAGAGUUCGAUCGUUUCUUGGGCUAAGACAAGAGCCGCCUAGGAAUGAUUUUCGCAACCCGAUAUGGGGCUCCGAUGACGAUGACGAUGAUGACGAACUGUACAGCAGAAACGAAAUGCAGGUGUUCGACCCGCAAGAGAUGCACCAGGAGUUUCUCAAUCACGUUCAGGACAUGUUCAAAAACUUUGGCAGUCUAUUUGGAGACAUGAAAGCUUUUAUGGGACAUGGUGACAUGGGUACUAUCACAGAGUUCCCAACCAGCGACCAGGAACCGGAUACUCUUGACAGCAACCGUAUCAGAGAUUACUACUUGAAACCUGGCUACCAUGAACAUAGGUAUGAACACCCGAGAGAGGACACCGAUUUAGAUGGUAAGAUCUCAUCCAACCAAAUUUCUGGCUUACUGCAACAGAAAGACAAACAGGUCCCACUGACUCCAUUUGAUGGCAGUUUAGUACCUGGACAGUCGUUCUGUAAAACUAUAAUAACUACAAGCAUCACAAAACCUGAUGGUACAAUUGAAACUCGGAGGAUUAUAAAAAAUGGUAAUGAAGUCGUUGAGGAGACUACCACAACGGGACCUGAUUCAAGGAACCCCUACAACCCUGGAUUAAACCCUAUUGCAACUACUAACAUCAUGCUGUCUCAACUGUCUUCCUUUUUGAGAAAUAUCUAUUAAAAUUAUUACAGAAAUUCAUAUACUCUGUAGUAUAGAAUAAAUGAUUAAGGACUGUUUAGGGUGUAGCUGCAGUCGUAUCAGCAGUAUCAAUGAUACAGGGUCUGGACUACAGGGGCCCCUUAAGUGUGAAAGCAAACAUUUGUAUUUAAUCCACAAUCUCAGUUAAUCUGGUGCUUCCCAGAGAAAAAAACAUGAAAAAACUGCUAAAGAGAUUUUCAGGAUUUGCCACUUGUUUAUUGGUUUACCCAAUUAGUAUUGAGAUAGGACCCCUCUAACGCAAGCUGCACCACUGGCAAUCACAUUGAGGAGUAUGUGUUGUUUAUAUGAUUUUAGAGUUGUAUUUAAUUGGCAAUAUCAUUGAUAAGCAAUACUAUAAAUUUAUAUAAAAAAUUUGUAGGUAAAGCUCUAAUAAUAAUUUUGGUAAUUUUCCUGAUUGGAUGUAUGGAAGUCUGUAAACAUAAUUUGAUUUUUCCAUACAAAAAUUAAUAUCUAUUCUAAUGUCAUGUUUCUUAACUUGCUUUAUACAUCUUUAAUAUAGUAAUAAUUAUUCUGUACCAACACUAAGCUCCCAUUAUGUUGCAUGAUACACAAUUUUUAUCAAUAUUCAAAACUUUUUAGAAUCCUUGCUGUACUCAGAUUGUUUAGUUUUUCAAAUUACAUUAAUGUCAUCUCUAAAAUUAGUGACAAUAGUGUGAAUCGUUUUUUCCAUUCUUUCAGUAAAAAUAUUUCAAAUAUGGCAAGAUUUAUAAUUUCCAAUAUUUGAAAUAUUGGCUUGGUAAACUCAGAUAAUGAAAAGAUAUUUAUUUAUUUAUGAUGUGAUAGUUAGUUUUAAAGUUUUUAAUAAUAUUUUUGUAAUAGCAAUAAGUACUUAGUAAAUCCCUUUAAAUCUCUCCAAUCUAGUUAUACAGGUAUUGUAUACUAUUCUAGAAACAAACAACAAAAAAUGAUAAUCUCUAUCAUACAUGAUAUUGUUUCUAAUCCUGGAUUAUUUAGAAGAUAAAUUCCUAUCUUACCAAUUAGAUUGUAAACUACAUUUAAUUAAUAUUUAUCUGAUUAUAAUAAAUUGAUUCACUGCAUUGAA